GUCAUGUAAAUAAACAUAAAGCUCAAAUAAUUGAUGUUUCCUGACUUUAGCAAAUGUUAUCAGUGAUCAUAUUGCAAUGUUUAUAAUUAACAGGAAUCUUAUGUUAAGAAAAAUAUCAUUUUCAUAAAUGUGAAUGAAACCGGAUAUAUUUUUUUCACCUGAGUUUUCUAAAGGAAGUUGUCAAAGGGAGUCAAUAUUUGGGACCAAAUACAGACUGUGACAAUAUGAAAACAAAGGAAGAGUGAAGUAAAGUGCACCAAAAGCCUGAUUAAAACAUGUUUUACAUUGCGUUAUUGUGGUGUAUAGCAUUUGUUACAGUGACCAUUGGUUUAGCAGAUGGAUCAGUCUCAAAAUCAGGUCUGUCAUUCGAUCUAUGUAAUACAAAAACUUUGCGAUUGCUCAAUAUUGAUGACAGUGGCAUUAUAAAAUAUGAUAAUUCAUCAUCAUCAAGCGGUCAAUCCUCUGGUCUUGGAUGUGUUCUAAAAAUAGAAUCAUGCAGUUCUUGUCAGAUACAGCUAAAAAUAAGCACAGAUGACAACUUUACAUUCUUCUGUCAGACGGGCAUUGUUCAUUCCAAAUAUUGCUCAUUAGGAUGUGACUACCUCAGUAUUUUUGACAUGUACUAUAUGAAUGAGACACUUCGAUAUUACCGUGGGGUGGAUCAGAUACCAGAUGUUUUCCACUCGGAAUCUAGCAAUAUAUUUAUUAUGCUUUGUCACGGGGGAAUGAUGAAAAAUUACAACUUUCAAAUCAGUUUUAGCAUCACACAAAAAAUGAAAACAGUGCACGGAAGCUCAGGUACGUCCUCUGCCACUGGUUUGAUAAGUUCCCCAUUUUUUCCGACUGGCUACGCACAGAAUCACGAGGUGUACAAGUAUGUGAUCUCCAGUACUGAUGCUGAUGAUUAUAUCAUCGUAACAUUCGAUGAUUGGCACCUGUCAGAAACUUCUUCGUUAUAUUUUAUCAACAGCAACAAACAUGGUCAGUUUAAUGGUGGGUCAAACCGUCCCGUGGUCCUGUCUGACUCGAGCCUGCUCCAGUUUACCUUCAGUACUGGAGUGUCACUGACAGCUGGGGAGAACAGAGACUUUAUAGGGUUCAGAGCUGCCUAUAAGUUUUAUAAAGGUCGAGCAUUCAUUACAAAACCAAGUACAACACCCCAACUAGGGGAAUUGUACGAUUUGUCUAUGGGUGGUGAAAAACUCGGGAAAGGGGUUAAAGUAUUCCCCUGGCAGAAUCAGAUAGGUUUUUCAAAAGAUUUGGGAAACUCAUCUGACGGCGCAGUACGAGCUAAACAUGACAUGUUGGAUGAUAUCAACAAUGGUAUUCCACAUUACAGUAAGACCGGCUUCUACAUCCGACUGAAUGCCUCCCUGUCAUCUAGUGAUAGUGAUCAUACUUACCUACGCGUUCUACAAAUGUCUCCAAGGGUCGACCAUUGUGGCGAUAAUAGUGACGAGUUGCCGGGUUGUCAGAAUGAGGGUUAA